AGGUCCUCCCGAGCCAAGGCCCCUCCCUCUCCAGUCCUUUCCUGCAAGGAAGGGGGGGGGUGUUGCUUUGUGUCUCUCCUGCAAGGGCUGCCUCGCUGCCCCCUCCUGGGAUCUGGAUUUGCUGCAGCUUCUCAUUUAGACGGACAGAACCUGGCAGAAGACCAAAGGAUUCCUUCUGAUCUCUCAGAGGCUUCCUGAGAGCACAGAUGGAUGAGCAAGACUCAGAUGGCCCUAAAGCAGAAAGAGGCCAUGCCAACCAAACUGGGAGCAGUGGGGGAUUCUGGGAAAACUCUGUGCAGAAGAUCCUGGGUGAGGAGGACACCCUCCGCUCAGAGGUGCAGAGCCAGCAGGUGAGGCAGUUCUGCUUCCAGGAGGCCAAAGGACCCCGAGAGGUAUGCAACCGACUCUACCACCUUGACCAUCAGUGGCUGAAGCCAGAAAGGCACACGAAAGCUGAGAUGCUGGACUUGGUGAUCUUUGAGCAGUUCCUGGCUGUCCUUCCCCCGGAGAUGGAGAGCUGGCUGAGGGACUGCGGAGCGGAGACCAGUUCCCAGGCGGUGGCCCUGGCCGAAGGUUUCCUCCUGAGUCAGGCAGAGGAGAGAAAGCAGGAAGAGAGAAAGCAGGGAAAGUAUCUCUUUGCAGAAAUGGACCUGGAUUCCUGUGAGGCAGAAUGA